GCGGAAGGGGCGAGUCCGUCGCGCGAGGUGGCAGCCAUGCCCCCAAAGAAGGCUCCGGCCAAGCGGCGCAGCACCGACUCGGGCGUGGAGCGCGACCGCGGAGCCCUUUCUCAGGAGAAGAAGGAUCAGCGCAUCGCGCUCUUCCUCAGCGACUUCGACCAGCAGGCCAAGGAAAGCAUCCGGGAAAUGAAGAAAGAACUCGAUUUGCUCUUGCAAAUGGCUGAGAAAGCGUUCAUGGUGGAACUGCUGAAGAUGCCGACUGCCAUCAGAAAGAUGAAAAGGAAGGACUUGCUUAAUUUGCAAGAAGGGGAGGAAGUGGCCCUUGCUGCUGCAGCGACAGACUGUACCCUAGAAGAUGUACCAAACCCAAAAGUGACACGGACCAACAGUAAAAAAGUUAAGGUAACUACAAUUGUUGAAUAUGAAGAUGCCAAGUAUACAUCUGCAAAGAAAAUACCUAAAAAAGUAUCCAAAUCAAAGUCACUGGUUUCACUGAGCUCUGGUUUAAAUAGCAAACUGCACAGUCUUUCUAGGUCUGUUUACUCUUCCACAAGCAUAAAUGAGGCUGUUAAGACUCUUGCCCCUGACUGCAAUGCCACAAAUUUCAAAGCCACACCAAAAGUAUCAAAAGGUGCUGGACUACAACAAGCUGUAUCAAGAACUUUACCUACCAGUGAAAGAGUUCAAGGCAUGAUACUGAGAAGUAAAUCAGUACCCCAAGAUAAAAUGGUUCCAUUUGUAAACAUUCCCUUGGCUGAUGGACAGACGCUCCGUAUGGCUGGUGGAGACCUCCGUAACUUUGAUGUUCAACUAUUAAAUCAAGAUACAGUACAGCACAUUCAUAACCUAGUGAGUGAGCUGACUGUAUUAUGUGGAAAGGCUACUGCUAAGUCAAGUUAACGGAACUGCCUUGCGAUGACAGAAUAUUCACAACUGCUCUUACCUUCCUCCUCUAAAGUGUUCAGAGAAUAUCUACAAUGUCUUAAUAAAGCUGUGUACUGCUGAAUAAAUAUUUUUACAUAAAAGCAUA